AUGGCGCAUGCCGCCGCCACGGCCCGCACCGCCGCGGGCGCCACCGAGGACGAAGACGAGUUUGAGGACGAGGAGGGCGACGAGUACGAGGCGGGCGACAGCGAUGACGAGGGGGCCCUGGACGACGAGGAGCUGAGCCUGCUCGAGGGCAUCUCGGCGGCGUGGUCGCCAUCGUCCUCCGUCUUCAGCAUGGGCGGCGCCUCGCGCACCAGCGCGAGCACGGCCAGCUCGUCCCGCCCGAUCGCGAUCCCCGCCGCCACGUAUUUCAAGGACCAGGCGCAGCGCAUGCACCUGGACCGCCUCAACAAGAAGCGCCAGUGGUACUCCCAGCAGCAGGAGCAGGAGCGCCUCGUCGGCAAGACCGGCGCCAAGGCCGCGGCGCUGCAGGUGCCUCGGCCCCCGCCCAAGCACCACAAGCAGUGCACCCGCAGCGGUGGCCAGCAGCAGAAGUGA